AUGAAAUCGCGAACAAACUUUACUAUGAUUUGUGUGGAGUGCAAGUAUGAAGUACCUUGUACUUAUUAUAAAUAUAAAGGGGACUACAUAAAACUAGCAGUGUGUCCCCAUUGCCAUCAAAUAGUUGAUCAAUAUGUUGAAUAUGACAAUGUGUUGUUGUUCCUUGACCUUGUUCUUGUGAAACCUCAAGCUUAUAGACAUGUUUGUUAUAAUGUGAUGGAGAACCAAAUGGCCAUUGAAGGAGUUAAAAAGGGUCAAACAUCAACUGUAACAAUGACACAGAAAUUCCAAAUGUUUGGUAAUCUAGCCAGGUUCAUUGUUAUGAUGAUUCUAUUCGAAGUUUACUUGAGUUGGGCCUAUGAAGAGAAAAAGCCUACUCAUUCCAUAAUCUAUCAGUUCAUUUUGAGUCGAGAUACUUAUAUUCAAUACAUUUCCUUCGUUUUCAAGCUGAUUAUCAACCAUGUGGUGUUUAACGUAACGUUACAAUGGGUAUUCUUCAACUUUCUUGGAUGGAAAAACCUCAUAAAUCAGAAUCUCAACCAUGAAUAUCAAACCCUGUAUUAUAGAGCUUCAUUAUUAUCAUGUGUACUUGUAGCUAAUUCCAUCAAACUUUUACCGAUUUUAAUGCUUAUAUGGCCAUAUGAUCAAACGGUACAAUGGCAAAAGAUUGUUGGUGGAUUGGCAGUAGUCAAUAUCAUUGAAGCUUUAAAGAAUAUCACCAAUUUAAGUUACUUCAAAAUCAUCCUCACAGUAAGUCUUUGCAUUUUGGUCGAACAGGUGAUUUCUAUUGGAAUCGCUUCUUUAACUAUUAGCUAUUACACAAAUUACGACGUUUAUGACAUUUUUAUUAAUAAUUAUCAAGAAAUCAUUUCAGAUAUUAGUUUUUAUAUUAAUCUAUAA